AUGGGCAAGCGGAAGCAGCGCGGCGGCGGCGACGGAGAACCCGCCGCGGAAGGCGACGCGACCACCGGCGGUGCUGUCGGAGGACACAGCCCCUCCACUGUGUUCGUCUCCAACCUCCCCUACACCUUCAAGUCCUCCGAUCUUGAGGCGGUGUUUAGCGAGGUCGGUCCAGUGCGGCGCUGCUUUAUGGUCGCGGAGAAAGGAUCGGAGAAGAGUCGAGGCUUUGGGUUCGUGCAACUUGCAACUGUUCAAGAUGCUGAUCGAGCCAUUCAACAAAAGAAUGGAUUUCCUGUUGCUGGUAGGAAAAUCAGAGUUAAGCUAGCAAUGAAUCGUGCUCCACUGAAGGAACGUUUGCAAAAGAAGGAGAAUAUGCAAGUGAAGGACUCUGAUGCAAAAGAUGAAGCAGACGAGACUGCUCCUGCUGAAAAGCAUAAGGGGAAAUCUCAUAAAACAGAUCCAGAACCAGAUCAACCACAUUUGUUGUCAAAGGAUGCUAUGGUAUCAAAGGAAGCUCCCAUUGGUGACCCCGAAAAAGUGAAAAGUUCUGAAAAGCAAAGGGUUGCAAAAGGCGGUGAUUUUGGUGGCCUCAUGAGACUCCGCCAUGGCAAGCGAGGACUUGCUCGAGAUGGAUGCACAUCCGAUACGGCAGCUGUACUCUUUGCAAGUGUCAAAUCAGCUUGGGAUUCUGUUGUCCAACUGCAUCGUAAGGAAGUCAAGGGAGCUAUUGUUUGGGCUCGUCAACUUGGCGGAGAGGGUUCAAAGAUCAGAAAAUGGAGAGCAAUUGUCAGGAACCUUCCAUUUAAGAUUACAGAGAAGGAGAUCAUGGAUAUGUUUAGUUCAGCAGGGUUUGUCUGGGAUGUGUCAAUUCCAUAUAAGUCUGAUGAUGGGAUAUCAAAAGGCUUUGCUUUUGUAUCUUUCACGCGGAAGCAAGAUGCAGAAAAUGCUAUAAAAAAUAUUAAUGGAAAAGUUGUUGCAAAGAGACCAGUGGCUGUUGAUUGGGCUGUUCCCAAAAAAGUGUACACUGUUGCUGCAAAAGUUGAUGCUAAGGAUAAUGAGCCUGAGAAUAUACCUGACAAUGUCAGUGAUGAUGACACCUCUGACGAUAAUCUUGUUGGAGAAGCUAGCUCUGAACUUGAUCAGGAGAUUUCUAAUCGUCCAUCUGAGGAUGAUUUCAAAACUGAAGCAGAUAUUUCUAGAAAAGUUCUUGAGAAUUUGAUCAAGUCAUCAGAGAAGUCUGAACCAUCUGGCAUUGAAGGUUCGGACAUUGAUACCGACACUGAAACAGAAGAUGUUGCAUCAGAAAAGGAGAAAUCUGAUUCACCUGUAGCUGGCAAGUUGGCUAAGUCGAAGCGUGUAACAGAUGCAGAAAUCAGUAACCCUGCUUCCAAACCCAAGAAAAAUGAUACUGGCCUGGAUAGGACUAUAUUCAUUAGCAACCUUCCUUUUGAUAUAAGUAAUGAGGAGGUAACAGCACGCUUCUCAGUCUUUGGGAAGGUUGAAUCUUUCUUCCCGGUUCUUCAUAAACUUACUAAGAGACCUAGGGGUACUGGUUUCAUGAAGUUUUCUACAACAGAGGCAGCUGAUGCAGCAGUUUCUGCCGCCAAUGUUGCUCCUGGCCUAGGAAUUUCUUUAAAGAGCAGGCCACUUAAUGUCAUGAAAGCGAUGGACAAGGAGUCAGCUCACAAAAAGGCACUUGAGAAGGCAAAGACUGAGGAGGGUGAAAUACUUGCUGGAACACCAGCUGCAGAAGGUGUGUCAGAUGCUGACAUGAAUAAACGUAAUUGGUUAGCUAGAAGGAAAGCGGAGAUGCUUCAGUCUCCAAAAUUUCACGUGUCGAGAACAAGGCUUAUCAUCUACAAUUUGCCUAAGACUAUGACCAUUAAUGAUGUAAAGAAGCUUUGCAGAGAAGCAGUCAUUUCUCGUGCUACCAAACAAAAUCCUGUCAUCCGGAAGGUGAAUAUCCUGAAGAAUGAAAAGAAAGGCAUACAGAAGCAUUCACGUGGUGUAGCCUUUGUUGAUUUUCAAGAGCAUGAGCACGCUCUUGUUGCUCUAAGGGUUCUAAACAACAACCCAGAAACUUUUGGUUCAGAACAUCGUCCAGUUGUAGAGUUCGCACUUGAGGAUGUUGAAAAGGUGAGGCUUCAAAAGAUUCGAAUGGAACGGCAUCGCAAGUCAGCAGCAGAAACUGCAGAAGUUCAGGAGACCCCUUCAGGGGAUCAACCUGCAAGUGAAGGCCAUAAUGCAGAUAACAGCAGGACUUCCAGAAAAGGAAACAAGCGGAAAUCACACAAUAGACCAUCUAAACCAUCUGAUUCUGUUGAAGGUCCGGCCAAGGAUCCACUAGUUCCUGGAGAUCGAAGCGCGAGACCUGCAAAGAGAGCAAGGAAGUCGAAUGUGGGGACUGUUUUGCCGGACCAAGGUCUAACAGAUGCAACCCCAAACACUGCUCGGAAUCAAGUUGUGUCUAGUGAGCGUGAUCAGGCAGCUGCUCCAAAGAAAAGGAAAAACAGAAAAGACAGCCAGGCAGAGCAAAAGAGAGGAAAGGCUACGAAAAGGACAAGCAAAGAAGGAGGCGUGGAUAAGUCGCUGGUGGAGCAAUACCGUUCCAAGUUCUUGCAACAUGGUGUUACCAAGACCAAAGGAUAG